GGCAGCUGGCCGCUUGUUGAGCAAGGCCGGGCAGGCGGAGCUCGCCGGGGACAGGCAGCCGGGCGCCCACCUUUCGCGGCACGCGUGGACCCGAAAGGUUUUUAAUCAUGCUUCGAGCAUUCAGACGCGCAGGUGGUAGGUUUGACAGCCAUCUUUCAAGGUGGCAGCAUUAUCAUAAAUCUGUCCUGGCAAUCAGAAGAGAGGAUGUCAAUGCCUGGGAAAGAAGGGCCCCCUUAGCCCCACGGCACGUCAAACUUUUAACCAACCUGGGCUACAAAGUUCUGGUGCAACCGUCCAAUCGAAGGUCCAUCCAUGAAAAAGACUAUGUUAAAGCUGGCGGUAUUAUACAGGAAGACAUUUCGGAAGCCUGCCUGAUUGUGGGUGUGAAGAGACCACCGGAGGAUAAAUUAAUUCCCAACAAAAACUAUGCGUUCUUCUCUCAUACUAUUAAAGCUCAGGAGGCAAAUAUGCCCUUGUUGGAUGAGAUCCUGAGCAAGAACAUUCGACUGAUAGAUUACGAGAAAAUGGUGGAUCACAGAGGAGUGCGAGUUGUAGCCUUUGGAAAGUGGGCUGGCGUUGCAGGUAUGAUAAACAUUUUACAUGGAAUGGGAUUGCGAUUUCUUGCCCUGGGGCAUCAUACUCCUUUUAUGCACAUUGGUAUGGCCCAUAACUACAGAAACAGUAGCCAGGCUGUCCAGGCAGUCCGCGAUGCUGGUUACGAAAUUUCCCUAGGCUUGAUGCCAAAGUCUAUUGGACCCAUAACGUUUGUGUUUACAGGCACCGGCAACGUGUCUAAGGGUGCCCAAGAAAUGUUCAAUGCCCUCCCUUGUGAGUUUGUGGAGCCCCACGAGCUGAAGGAGGUCUCUCGAACUGGAGACCUCAGAAAAGUCUACGGGACGGUGUUGAGUCGACACCACCAUCUUGUAAGGAAGAGCGAUGGCGUGUAUGACCCCGUGGACUACGACAAGCACCCAGAACACUACACCUCUCGUUUCAACAUGGAUAUUGCACCUUACGCUACUUGCGUAAUCAACGGGAUCUACUGGGAGCAGCAUACUCCACGGCUGCUAAGCAGGCAGGAUGCGCAGCGACUUUUGGCUCCUUUGCGACCUGCUGCUGCUGCUACUGAGGGAUGUCCGCAAUUGCCACACAAACUUGUUGCAAUAUGUGACAUCUCUGCAGACACUGAAGGGUCUAUAGAAUUUAUGACAGAAUGUACAACAAUAGACAGCCCCUUCUGCAUGUAUGAUGCCGAUCAGCAUAUUAUCCACGACAGUGUGGAGGGAUCAGGGAUUUUGAUGUGUUCCAUUGACAAUCUGCCAGCUCAGCUUCCUAUAGAAUCAACAGAAUGCUUUGGAGACAUGCUUUUCCCUUACGUUGAAGAGAUGCUGUUAUCGGAAGCCUCGGAGCCCCUUGAAAGCCAGAAUUACUCACCUGUAGUUAGAGACGCAGUGAUUGCAUCCAAUGGUUCAUUGACUGAUAAGUAUAAAUAUAUCCAGAAACUGAGGGAGCGCAGGGAGUACACCCAAUCACUUACCAUGGAUAAAAAGAGGAAGAUCUUGAUACUUGGAUCUGGCUAUGUCUCGGGGCCUGUGAUAGAAUACCUCACGAGAGACCCCAGCAUUGAAAUAACUGCAGCAUCUGUCAUGAAGAAACAACUUGAGCAGCUGGCUAAGAAAUACAGCAAUGUUGUUCCUGUCGUUGUGGACGUCACCGAAGACGAGAAGAGAUUAGAGUCCAUGGUGAAGAAGCACAACCUUGUUAUCAGCUUGUUGCCUUACGCAUUCCAUCCUGUGGUUGCUAAGAAGUGCAUUGACAACAAGGUGAAUAUGGUCACUGCCAGUUACCUGACACCUGCUAUGAAAGAGCUUCAGGAAAGUGUCGAGGCAGCUGGCAUUACUGUUGUCAGCGAAAUGGGUCUGGAUCCUGGGCUUGAUCAUAUGCUGGCGAUGGAGUGUAUUGAUAAAGCAAAAGAAGUGGGGGCUACGGUGGUGUCUUACACUUCCUUCUGUGGUGGCCUGCCCGCUCCAGAACAUUCUGGCAACCCCCUGAGAUAUAAAUUCAGCUGGAGUCCACAGGGAGUCCUCCUCAACACAGUUCAACCUGCCACGUAUUUAAAAAACGGAGAGAUUAUUAAUAUUCCAGCCGGAGGAGCUUUGCUUGAUUCUGUUACUGUCAUGGAUUUUUUCCCAGGAUUAAAUUUGGAAGGUUUUCCAAACAGGGACAGUACAAAAUAUGCUGAACCCUAUGGCAUUCAGUCAGCUCACACUCUCUUAAGAGGAACAUUACGAUACAGGGGUUAUUCUAAAGCCAUUGGAGGCUUUGUGAAAUUAGGACUGAUAAAUUCAGAGCCGUGUCCUAUGCUCAGCGCAACAGCCGCUUCUAUAACCUGGAAAGAACUUAUGUGCAAGCUACUUGGACUUAAGCAGUCUGCCAAAUAUGAUGAUCUCCGAAAUGCCGUCUACAAUAAGCUGAAUGAGGAUGCAAGGCAACUGGAUGCGGUCGAAUGGCUGGGGUUACUUGGAGAUGAGCCCGUUCCAAUAGCAGAAACAAUAGUCGGCGCGCUAGCGAAACACAUGGAGGCCAAGCUGUCCUAUGGUCCUGGAGAGCGCGAUAUGAUAAUCAUGAGGAAUGAAAUAGGAAUCAAACAUCCAUCCGGUCAUUUGGAAGACAAAUAUGUCAAUCUUGUGGUGUAUGGAGACGAUAAAGGAUAUUCUGCAAUGGCUAAAACUGUAGGGUACCCGACUGCUAUCGCAGCAAAGAUGGUUCUCGAUGGAGAAAUUGACACCAAAGGCAUGGUCAUCCCAUUAACCAAGAAUAUUUAUGGACCAAUACUUGAACGUGUUCGAGCUGAAGGAAUUACCUACAGUACCCAGAGCGUUAUCAAACAAUAAAGGAGACAUAUUUUCUAUCCU